AUGCCAUUGCAGUUCACAUACACCACUGCGUUCCUUGUGGGUGCGGUGUCGGAGUGUGUUCUAUCGCCGUGGGCCCUGGUACGAAAGAGGCGCAAACACAACAUGCUGGUUUCCGUACUGAGUCUUCUCCUGACCUCUGCUUGCCUCAUGCCGUCGGUCAGUGAGGCUUACCAGUACAGCAGUAACUUUAUCAACCAGGUCACCACCUAUCCCAACAUCGUCACCGCCAAGAAUCGAUGUCUGCCAGGCAGAAGUAGUGGCAGUGGUGCCACCCCUCAAACUCUCCUUGUCUGCGACCCCCAUGAACUCCUCAGUGUGGAUCAAUCUGGUCCUUCAUUGUUGCCUCCCAGGGAGGUUCCUUUUCUCAAUCAACCCUGA